AUUCUGUUCCCAUUGGGGUCCUCUGAUAAUACCCAGUAAUGUCCAGCAUUCCCAGAGAAGUCCCAGGUCUCAUCCUGACAUGGAGAUGGGUUCUCUUGGGAUCCAACUGGGAUCUUUUCACACACACAUAAUUUAAGACUUGGUCUUGUCCCCAAAGGGAUAUGGAGAACAGACUAUGUUCUUCCUGUGCACAACUGCCCCUUGUAUGCUUGAAAUUUUUUCCUGCAGCUUUCCCCUCAGCUGGCUGCUCCUUAAAGGGAUGGCCCUGCUCCUCCAGCUGGGUCCUGUGGAGCUGUGCAACUCCACACCCUUCCCUCCCUGGCCAGCUGGCACCUCUCAGCACUGUGCCAAGCCAUCAGGUAAUUUCCCACAUCUGGCUGUGUUUGACCAGCUUGCUCAGACAUGCCCAUCCCUCGAGGGUCACCUGAGCUCUUCACUGACCCUCCUGGAGGAGCUCCUGUCCCAGGCUUUGGUCCCUCACCUGCACUGCUGCUGUUUGUUACCCUGAGAAUGGUUGGGUUUCACCUAUGCCGGCUUCAGCUUGCUCAGCCCUGGACAUGCCAUCCAGCAUGUUUUCUACAUUAUUCUAUUCUUCUAUUCAUCUUCUGUAGUCCCACGAGAAACAAGAGUGGCUCCUGCAGAGCCUGGUAAACCUGCUGGAGACAGGGGCAUUUGCAUUGUCCCUCUGGACAAGAGUCUUUUAUCCCCAGAAGGUCUCUGAACCCUGUCAAUACCAUUCUGAUUUUCCAUUCUGACCUCUCCAGUGCUCUUUGGUGUCAACUGCAGCUGUUAGUGAGCAGUCUCUCUGCCCCAUCCCUGAGGUCCCCAGUGAAUCAGUGAUGGGGACUGACCCUCAUGAACAGCCUGACAUGUGCCACUGCCUCUGCAAACCCUCUGCUCCCAGCUGGGAACAGUGUCCAGGGCAGUGUCACCAGUCCUGCUCACACCUAGGUCUUUCUGCUUUUUUUGACAAAAUUUGUCGGUGGCAGGUUGGGGCUGGGUGCCCCUGUCUCCGCUCAGUGCCUCUGUUGCUGUCUUCAGCUGCUGGGCUUGAAGAAGCAAACCUGGCCUUGGUGCACAGGGGACAGAGUUCCAAGAGGCUCUUUGUGUCCUGCCUGGUGUCCCCUGGGCUCAGCAACAGUGCUGUGCCCUGGCAGGGCAGGAGACCCUCCAGCCACCACAAGCAGUGGACUGGCAUGAGGUUGAGCAUGAGUGUGGGACCUAACUGUGGUGGCCCUGCUCCUGCACCACCACCACUACUAGCACCUCUGUGGGUUCUGCCCCCUGUGCCUGCAGCUCUGCUCCCAGCACAGCCAUGGAGACAGUGCUGCUGGCAGGGCAGACCUGGAGUUCACAGGGGCCGAAUGCCACAGGACACAAUGGAGGCACAUGCCCUGUGCCAUAUCCCAUGCUCCCAUGUGGCACAGCCCAAACAGCCCACCCUGCCCCACACAGGGGCCUCCCUAAUUUCUUGGGGGUUGUUUUUCUUCCUACCCCAUCCUCCCAGCAUGCCAGUAGCCACAAGGGCAGGACAUACCACCUAUCUGAUAGGAGCAGUCUCUCUUGGCACUGCAGCCGGCGGCAGAGGGGCUGUGGCAUUGUGGUUUCAGGCACAGGGAAGUGCUGGUGAUGGGGCGGGGGGAGCCCCCAGCCAGGCUUCCUGAGCUGCACAGCCACCACUUCCCAGAUAAAGGUAUCGCCCAGAGGAGCCACAGCAGCUCCCAGGACACUGGGAAGGGCCGAGUGUGGCACGUGUGGCUCCAGCACACGGGUUGCAGGAUGGCAGCCUGCCUGUGCCAGGGCUGGCAGCUCUCGCUGCUCCCUGCCAUCCUGCUCAGCCUCCGCAGCCCACCAUCAGCCCCUGAGCCAGUGACAUCCCAAGACGCUGCACUGCUAGCAGGCCUGUCCGAGGACAUCCUCUGUUUCUCCCGCUCCUUCGAGGACCUCACCUGCUUCUGGGAUGAGGAGGAGACAACAACUGGGAUGUGCCACUUCUACUACUGGUACAGCAGGGAUGCACCCACAGCGUGCAUGGUCUCCACGUGGCACCAUGGGACUGGUGGGAAGCGACAUGUCUGCGUCUUCCCCAGCCAGGACGUGCGGCUCUUCACCCAGCUCCACCUCCGUGUCCUGGAUGCCACCACAAACCACACGAAGUAUUGGCGGGAGCUCAGCGUGGAUGCAGUGGGUCUCAUUGCUCCCCCAGUGAACAUCACAGCCCGCUGGGCUGGGGCUGCAGGGCAGAUCUGUGUGUCGUGGCAGCCACCACUCGCUGACUUCCUGAACUUCUUCCUCUACGAGGUGCAGUGCUGCCCUGCCAACACCCCAGGGAUGCUCUGCAGCACCACACUGAAUCCCGGGGGGCAGCACCCUGGAGACCCCUCCAUCCAGUCCACUGUCAGCACCCACACAGCCAGGGCUGUAGAAGCCUUACCAGGAGUGGGGCAGAGGCUGGUCCAGGCCAACACCAGGGUGGUGCUCCGGGACCUGCAGCCAGGGGUGAGGUACCACAUCCGGGUGCGCAGCAAGCCCGACGGUACCUCCAUGGACGGUGUCUGGGGGCCCUGGUCGCAGGCAGUGGCUGCAGAGACACCCCACUCCUCCGGAGACAUCGGGCUGUGCUGCAGUACCCCUGACCUGCGGCAUGUGCACUGCGAGUGGAGCUGGGACCCUGCAGAGCCCCACAGCUCCCACCAGCUCUUCUACCGGCCACCUCCAAGCGGGGCUGGCACAAGGGAAGACGCAUGGCAACAGUGCUGGGAGGUGAGCAGGGGGGCACAGAGCACCCAUGCCUGCACCUUCCAGCCCAAGGCUGGCAGUGCCAUCUCCGUCCUGGUGAAUGUCACACGGACCCACAUGCUGCCCACACUCAGCUACUUCAAAGAACCCUUUUGGCUGCACCAGGCUGUGCUCACAGAAGCCCCACAGCUUGUGCAGGCGACGGUGUCGCAGGGCCGGCUGAGCCUGCAGUGGCUGCCGCCCCUGGAGCUGCUGGCAGAGCAGCUGGACUACCAGGUCCGCUAUGCCACGGAGAAUAGCCAUGACUGGAAGGUCCUGCAGGUUCCACGAGCAGCUAGGAAAGAAGUCCUGGACCUGCGACCAGGAACCCGCUACCACGCCCAGGUGCGGGCGCAGCCCAGCGGGCCGUGGUACCAGGGCAGCUGGAGCGCCUGGUCCAAACCUGUUGUGGUUGAUGCCAUGGCUGAUGCGGGCUGGCUCAUCCCCAGCGUUGCGGUGGUGCUGCUGCUCUUCUCAGCAGUGCUCCUGGGGCUGCGGUGCACCUUCCCCUCCCUCUACAGCAACGUGAAGGAGAAACUCUGGCCACCUGUUCCUGACCUGCACCGUGCUCUGGGCAACUUCCUCCAGGAGAGCAGCAAGCACGGCCAGGACAGCGCCUUCGACAAGCAGCCGCCGGAGGAGGCCGUCGUGCCCUGCCUAUUGGAGNGCAGCCCGGCCGCUGGGCCCGGCUGA